AUGAGCUUUAGUAAUUCAAGAUCUCCUUCUAAUAAUAAUAGUAGUCAAGAUGCCACAUCUGGUAAGUUACAAUACACUGAAAGUGAUGAUGAAGGUAGUGAAGAAUAUUGUAAAGGUGGUUAUCACCCAGUAAAAAUAAAUGAAAUAUAUAAUGAAAGGUAUAGAAUAGAAGGAAAAUUAGGGUGGGGUCAUUUUUCAACAGUUUGGGUUGCAACUGAUUUAAAAAGUAAACCAUUAAAGUUUGUCGCUAUAAAAAUUCAAAAAGGAUCUGAAACAUACACAGAAUCAGCAAAAUGUGAAAUAAAUUACCUAAAAACAGUUAAAGUAAAUUCUUUUGAUUCUUCAUGGGUAGAAUUAAAAGAGCAACAAAGAGAAAAAUUAUUGCAUUAUAAUAUGACUAAAGGUGUUGUUUCGCUUAUUGAUCAUUUUGAGCAUAAGGGCCCUAAUGGUACUCAUAUAUGUAUGGUUUUUGAAUUUAUGGGGCCUAAUUUAUUAUCCUUAAUAAAGCAUUAUGAUUAUAAAGGGAUUCCAUUAAAUUUAGUUAGAAAAAUUGCUACUCAUGUUUUAAUAGGGUUGCAAUAUUUGCAUGAUGUAUGUAAAAUAAUACAUAGCGAUAUAAAACCAGAAAAUGUUUUGGUAUCACCUUUAUCCAAUAUUCCUAAACCAAAAGAUUACAGUAAAGACAAAUUAAUAAAAAUAAACGAAAAUGAAGAAAAUAAAGAAACAAAAAGUGAAAUAAAAGAAAAUAAAUUAAUUGCAAAAGAUGGUAUAGAAAAAUGUGAAAUUGAACAAGAGCAAGAACAAGAACAAGAACAAGAAAAUGAAAUAGAAAAAGAAAUAAAUAAAAAUGAAUGGGAUCUCAUUGAUUGGAACAAAUUAAGUAAAAAUGAAAAAAAAAAAUUAAAAAAAAAAAAAAAAAAUUUUCUCAAAAGAGAGAGAUUAAAACAGGAAUUAUUAGAUAAAAAUAGAGAAAUGAAUCAACCAACUACAAAUACGUCUUCAGAUAAGCUAAACAAUAACGAAAAAAAUAUUAUACAUUUAAAUAAUGUUAACAAAAAUGAUGAUAAUCAAUUUAAAAAAGAAGAUAUAGAAAAAUUAAAUAAUAAUCAAUUAAAUGAAAAUGAACAUUCAAAGAAAACAGUAGAAAAUUACUGUAAGAAUACAUAUAACAAAAAUCAUAUGAACGUAACUUCUGACAUAAAUAUCAAAUGUAAUUCUAAUAAAAGUAACGUUAUAGAAUCAUUUAAUGAUAAUAAUAUUUACUCAUCUAGUAUAAUUCAUAAUAAUGCUAUUAAAAAUGAAAAAAUUGAAAAAUCUGAAUAUGUAGAAGAUAAAUAUGAUAAUUUGAAUAAUGCAAUUUUAGAUCAAAGUACUCCAUGUAAUCAAGAAAUGAAAAAAUAUACGAAGGAACACAUAUUACUUGAAGAUAAAGAAAAAAAUUUAAAUAAUAAAAUUGAUGAACAAAGUUUAAAUAAAUAUAAAAUUUUUAACGAACCCCCCUAUAUAAAACAUAUGCUUAAGCCUUCUAAUUCAGAUCCUUCCCUACUUACUUCUUAUAAUAAUGUACAUGCGUUACAGGAAGCAUUAACAAAAAAGCCAUACCACUUUAAUAACUACUUUUUAUAUAACCCAGAGAAAUAUGGAGAUAAUAAAAUGUCCCUUUUUUUACAUAGAUUACCAAAUGAUUAUUUGAAAAAAAAUGCUAUAAAUGAUGAUGUAGAAGGUUUACAAAAUAGCGAAAGUGAUAUUUGUGAUGAUGAAGAACUCCUAGAAAAUGAUAUUAAUAAAUUUCCCCUUUAUUGCGAUAUGUUUAAUCACUUAAUUCACCCAGAAGCUUUAAAACUUCAUGAAUUAUAUAAAAAAAACAAAAAAAAUAAAAUAUCAGAAUAUCCAGUAAAUGCAGUAGAUAGUAACGAAAAUACUCAUAAAGUUGUUUAUAUAAAAACAGAAGAUGGGGACUAUUGCAUUAGACCCUAUGAUCCUUCCGUUUAUUGUCACGAAAAAUCUUGUUAUAAAAUAUGCGAUUUAGGAAAUAGCUUAUGGAUAGAUGAAUCAAGGUUUGCUGAAAUUCAAACAAGACAAUAUAGAGCUCCUGAAGUUAUACUAAAAAGUGGAUUUAAUGAAACAGCCGAUAUAUGGUCUUUUGCAUGUAUGAUUUUUGAAUUGGUAACUGGAGAUUUUUUGUUUAAUCCCCAAAAGACAGAUAGAUAUGAUAAAAACGAAGAGCACCUAAGUUUUAUAAUUGAAGUUCUAGGAAAUAUACCAAAACAUAUGAUUGAUUCAGGAUUUAAUUCCCAUAAAUAUUUUAAUAAAGACACAUAUAAACUUAAAAACAUUACAAAUAUCAAGAGAUAUGGAUUACAUAAAAUAUUGAAAUGUAAGUAUAGAAUUCCAGAGAAAGAAAUUAAUCCUCUAUGUAGCUUUUUACUACCUAUGCUUUCCAUUGAUCCUCAAACAAGGCCGUCAGCAUCAACCAUGCUUCAACAUCCGUGGCUUAAUAUGGUAGCGUUAGAGGAUGAUGAAAUAUAUAUUAAAAAUAGUUCACCUUCUUUUAAUAACAUUUAUAUAAAAAAUAAUUUAAAUUAUGAUAUUUAUGAAAGUUCCAACAAAAGUAUAAAUUCUUCAAAUAAUCAAAAUAUUCAUGAAGAUUUUAGAGAUUUUAAUAAUAGUACUUUUGUACAUUUAGAACAAGAAUCACGUAAAGGUGAAGAUUAUGAUAGUGAAUAUGAAUAUCCUUUUUUUUAUCAAAAAAGUUAUAAUUACGAUGCAAGUGAAUUAUCCAAAGUAAAUUAUGAUACUAAGUAUGCCAAAAAUGUAAAAAAGAAAUUGACUAUCAAAUCAAAAAAUAAAAAAGAAAAUUAUUCAAAAUUAAGAGAUAGUUCGAUUAAUACAGAUGAUUAUAUAUUAAACUCAGAAUAUAUCUCAAAUGCUAUUGAUCAUAAUUCAUACAACAAACUUUUAAAAAAUACUGCACCUUAUAAAAAAGAUAAAAUAAAAGAUUAUAAAAGAAUAAAUAUACAUAAUGAAACAAUGCAGAAUGAAGAAAAUAAUUAUAGACACUAUUAUGAACAAGGAGAUGGAUGCAAACGUGAAGAAUAUGCUGAUAAAAGCGAAAACGUAAAACAAAAGGAAGAAGAUGAAGAUGAAGACGAAGAGGACGGAGAAGAGGAUGACGAAGAAGAGGAAGAAGAAGAAGAGGAUGAAGAAGAAGAGGAUGAAGAAGAGGAAGAAGAAGAAGGAGAUGAAGAGGAGGAAGAAGAGGAAGAGGACGAGGAAGAAGAAGAAGAAGAAGAAGAAGAAGAAGAAGAAGAAGAGGAAGAAGAAGAGGAAGAGGAAGAUGAAAACGAAUAUCAGGAUAAAAAUGAAAAAUAUGAUGUAAAUAAAUAUGAUAAUAAGAGUGGCGAUAAUAAUCAAUAUGAAUACGAAAAUAAUGACAAUUAUCAAUAUGAAAACGAAAAUAAUUUUGAUGCAUGUUGUGAUGAUAAAAACAUAUAUGAACAAGAAGAUAUAGAAAUAGAUACGGAUGAAGGAGAACAAAAAGAACAAAAACAAAAACUAGAACGAGAAUUGAAAACAGAAGUAUUAUGUGAAAUUGAGGGAAGAAGUAUUAUUAACAAUAAAAUGAAAGAAAAUAUAGAUAAUAAAGAAAAAAAAGUAAAAGAUAAUAAUAAACUAUAUGAAAAAAUAUCUAACAAUCUUGAACAUAAAAAAGAAGAAAAUAAAACAAUGAAUGAUGAAAUUAUAAAUGAAAAAAAAAAAUUAAUAGAAUCAAAGGAAAUAGAACAACAUAAUAAAUUCACUAAAAAUGUAAGUAAUAUUAUGUUGAAUUGUAAUGCAAGCACAUCAUUAAAUAAAUGUGAUCAUAUAGAAAAAAAUCAGAUGACAAUAAAAAAACAGCAGGAGAAAAUAUUACAUGAAGAAAAUAAAAUAUUAGACAAUCGUGAUGAGGAAAAAGCAAAUAAAAUAAAUUGUAAAAUUAUUAAUAAAAAUACUUUUUGUGAUAUUUCAAAAAAAAUAAAUUUUUUAGAAGCAAAAAAUUCAUUAGAAUUUAUGAAUCAAUAA